CCUUAUUCUUGCGCAAUCUCAUUAGACCAAUGUGGAGAAUAAUUUUAAUGCUUGUUGAAUACUUUUUUAUAUUAAUUUUUUUUUGCAAUUAAACUUUAAUGAUUAUAUGAAUCAGAGAUGAAUAGAACGUGAGUGAGACACUAGCAGACGACAAAAACACGUUUACAAUUAUCAAACACGUUUUUUCAAUUAGUGCUAUUGUUUAACAGGAAGUUUGUGACAAUUAACGAUUUUUUAAACAAUCUCACCUAUAUAAAUAUCAAAAUUAACAAGUCAGGACUGUGAUGGAAAGAAAUUUUAAAGAUUGGAAACCUUUCAUUCACGGAGGUUUGGCUUCCAUAAUUGCUGAAUUGGGUACGUUUCCUUUAGAUACAACAAAAACUCGUUUACAAAUACAGGGACAAAAACUCGAUAAAAAAUAUGCAUAUUUAAAGUAUUCUGGAAUGACCGAUGCUCUCGUUCAGAUUUCAAGACAAGAAGGAGUUGGAGCAUUAUACGCUGGAAUAAGCUCGGCAAUUUUAAGGCAAGCAACGUACGGAACAAUUAAAUUUGGAACAUAUUAUUCCUUACAAGAAUUUGCAGUGGCACAAUGGGGCGAUAAUGAUUUAUUUUUAAUUAAUAUUAUUUGCGCUGCAUUGGCUGGUGGAAUAUCGAGUGCAAUAGCAAAUCCAACUGAUUUAGUUAAAGUUCGAAUGCAAACUGGUCUUAGAACAAGUUCUACACUAUUUGGAUGUUUUCAAGAUGUUUAUCACAAUGAAGGCAUUCGCGGACUAUGGAGGGGUGUGGGCCCAACAGCGCAAAGAGCUGCAAUUAUCGCUGCUGUGGAGCUCCCAAUUUACGAUUUUACCAAAAAUAAACUCAUUGAUAUCAUAGGAAAUAAUGUGACCAAUCACUUCGUGUCAAGUUUUGCAGCGAGUAUGGCAAGUGCCGUCGCUUCAACACCAAUUGACGUCAUUCGUACUCGACUGAUGCAUCAAAGAAGAGUUAGAACAAUUUCCGGAAAAUUACCUGCACACAUUUAUAAUGGCAGUAUAGAUUGUUUAUUACAAACAAUAAAAAAUGAAGGAUUUUUCGCUCUCUACAAAGGAUUUAUACCGACAUGGUUUCGAAUGGGACCAUGGAAUAUAAUUUUCUUCAUAACAUUUGAGCAACUCAAGAAUCUAUAAUGAUAAGUAGGAAAAAUUUUUAAACUCCUUUGUCGAUUCGAGGGAGAUAAUGCAGAUAGAACACAAAUGAAAAUCAGGAGUUUACAAGAGAUACGAUAAAAUUUAAAAAGAAAAACUAAAGAACCACAAGAAAAAAAAACCUAGUUUAAAUACUAAGAAAACAGAAAACUAAUGAAGAAAAUCAAAACAAAAACUUUGACUCCCGAAUCUCGAGUACCCCACUUUUCCAAAAACAAAGAAGAAAGUUGAGAAAAGUUCAAAAUAGAAAAGAAAUAGUAUUAUAGAAAAAAAAGGAAAAUACUUAUUAAAAUAUAUUUUUAAUACUAACUCGAGAGACACAUAAAUGAAUUUCUUUAACAAUUUGCUUGUUAUAAAUAUCUUUUUAAAUUUAAUUUCAAUUAAAUUUAAAAAAAAAAUUCGCUUUGUUUUUUAUCAUGUACUUAAAUUUUAUUAGCGUAUUUCUUCCAUCAAUUUUUUUCGCACCAGAAAGUCAAUUAGAGUAUUACAUUUAUAAUAUAAAAAAAGAACUUUAAUAAAUAAAAAAAAUUAACAAUUAAUCCAACUCUACCUCUACAAAUUAUGUGAUGAAAUUAAGCAUUUUACGAGAUAUAUCUUUUUUCUUUUGAUCAACGUUUAAAAUUUUUUUUCAUCUUAGUUAAGUUGAAAUUGUAUUUUCAAUUCCUAGGUUCUAGGAUUUAAGAUAAAUACUAAAAAAAAACUAGCGAAAAAAAUUAUUCUUGCUAGUCAAGUUCUUCCACCAAAGCUUUAAGAUUGUAUUACUAAUUUUUAAAGACAAUAUUUUUCAAUUUCAUCUAAUAUCAUAAUUGAUAAACGCUUUAUUAAUAAUCAUGUUAUUUAUUGCAGUCAUUCGAAAUUUCUUAGUUUCAUAAAAACAAAAUGUUAUACAGCCAUAAUCAAUACUAAAACAGUCUUCGUUUCUAUGUACAUUUAAAAAAAAAAAUUUUUUCAAAAAAUAUGCAUGUAUAUUAAUAAAAAUAGUUUAAAAUUAAAUUUUAAUCCGUUUCAUAA